AGAAAUGUGGAGCGUGUGAAACUUGGAUUCAUGACAGACGGAUGAAGACGGGGAAGAUGGAGAGACGUGUGCGAACCGGAGAGAAGAUAUCAAGUCCUCCUCCGAAGGGUUCAAAGGUUAACUCAUAGAGAACCACACAAACACCAUCAGGAGGAUGUUUGGCCUUUUCUUUGGAGCAACAUGGAGACGGCGGCUUUGUUUCCAUCAAGUCAUCCUUUUCCUGACAGCAGCCGCUCCACUCACAGUGGACGGAUAUUUCCUCGGAGACAUUAAGGCAGUAUUAAAUGGCUGUGAAGACCAUUGGGCCCUUCAGGACAAAUUCUCCAUUCCACGCCUUUCCCAGAUGACUGUAUGUGUGAAUAUUCGUGUGGUUGUCCCUGGACCAUGGGUGGCCUUUUCUUACAGCUCAGUCCGGACAUUAAACCCCGAUUUUAGUCUUGAAGGGGACGACAAGGCAAUUUAUGGAUGGUUACUCCAAGUCCAGCACCGGUUUCCGUUCAAGAUGUCCCCAAUGGUUUGGCACAGGGUGUGUCUAAGGAGGGACGUACUGAGAAAUAUCUUCAGCCUGGAGGUUGAUCACGUCAUGGUAGCAGAGAGGACGGUCUUUGCUCAGGCCAUCUCUCCGUCUGGCACCCUGUGGCUGGGCUGCCAUCAGAGAAACCGAUCACCAGGUGGCGUGGGAAAGUUGGAGCUGUACCUUUUCCGCAUGUGGGCAGACCUGGGUGAACACAGGUCCUGCGAGGACGGGACUGAGAUUGGCUGGGAUACAAACUACUGGGAUAUUACCAGUCCCAACUCCAAAGAAACGGACCGCUCUCUUCCAUGUGACCACAAGAGAUUGAGACGAGAUACAAAUCCAAGCAAUGCCACAGCUAGUGGUGUGGACUCAGUCAUUACCAGUGGUGCUGGAAGCAGUCGAGUGUUUCCUGCAGAGACCAGUUAUUCAGACAUCACGUCUCCAGCAGUGGUGAGAACCACAACACUUGACAAAAGUUCAGCCAAUCAGGUGGCACUAAGCACCAGUGUUCAUCCAAUCACAGCUCUGCCUGCAGAACGAAGCACAACUGCAGGAACUCAAGUCACCUGUGACAUCAGUCAAUUAUGUUCCAAUAAAAGUGCUUACUACUGGAUACCCAUGAGUGUGAAAGCUGAGCAAAGCAAUAAAACAGAACAAGACCUCCGUAAUCUGGUGUCAAAAGCGUUUAACUGUAGCAGCACCAGCAAUGAGGCAGGAUUCAGCAACUUCUGUGAAGCUAACGGACAACUUCAGGUCGUGGAAGUGACAUGCAGAGCAAAACCUGCCGCCACUGAAAGCCAGACGGUGUGCAACGUGCUGCUGUUCCUCAGCCAUGCCAUGUCAACAUGCGACCUGUGGCAUGCUGGGAACGCCGCACUGCAGCGUGCCGGAGGAUCGCUGCAGGCAAACAUCACAGGGAAUGUGGAGAGAGUCGGAAGAACGCUCUGUGUGGACGGGUUGCCCUCUAGUGGUGACUUUGUGCGCUGCACGUCCACAUCGUCUUUGGAUGAAAUCUGCCAGUUGAACAGGACCACUAAUGUCACAUGUUCUGUCUUAGAGACAAACUCUGUGGCAGCUCCACAACAGACGCCAAACUCCUGCGGCGGGACGGCUCCUCGCUUCUGCAACUGCUCUGCUUUCUGUGAGACCGAAAGCCAGCUUUAUGCUAUAAAAAUCAAAAUCACCAGUAAUAUAACGGUUAUCCACCUCAAACGCCUGUUAUUAAAAUCUAACGUCCUCUCAGUGUGCAUCCCAAACUUACAGGGGUUCAACUGUUCAGACAUCAUAACAAAACACACGCGCACUCAUUUGGAAUGUUACGGGGAAGUGGAUCAGAGGUUCUACAGCUGCAUGGUGGUGCUGGAAAUGUCCGGACCCGUCAAUAGCUGCUCCCUCAGUAAACUUGUGCAACUCCUCAUUGAAAAGGAAGAGUUUAUAACGACCGAUGGCUCACUUUCUCGAAUGAUGGUGUGUGGUGGCCCUCCAGAUUUGUCUGGUCGCUCCCUGUUGGCGUCCAACCUGAACUGGAGUAAAGCUGACCUGCUUCCCUCGGAUGUUUGUCAGCCUGGUUCCACUCUAAUAAAAUGUGAAGCUAAUGAGACACUUGCUGUUCUCCUAGCGGACAGUUGCCCUCCAGAUCCUCAAACAAAAAGCACAACUCAGACCACCACUCGGUCUAAUAGCCUCACUUCACCAACAUCUGUGACCCACACAAUAGCAAACGCUGAGCAAACACAGCUGACAUGGUCUCCAAACACAAGUUUCACUCCACCUAACAACUCAACAUUACACAGCUUAACAUCAGCUGCUGAAUUUUCUAAGAAUGCCACAAUCAACUCCAAAAUAUCAACCAAUCAAACAGUGUUUACUACUGCUAGUUUGAGUGAAAGAAAACCCGACAAUGUAUCUACAACUGGACCAAUCCAUAAUCAGACAACAGCAAUAACAACAAGCCUCCUUACAUCCACUAAAACUACAACUGAACCGCUCACAAGUUAUGCACAUUCAACCAGUGCCCUUAACGCCAAUGAAACAAAAACCUAUAGUACAACUACAUCCACUAAAACUACAACUGAAUUUACCACCAGUUAUGUUCCUUCAACCAGUACCCUUAAAGAAAGUGAAACAAAAACUUAUGGUACAACUACAUCCACUAAAACUACAACUGUACCGUCCCUCAGUUCUGCACCUUCAACUAAUGUCCUACCAUCCAAUGAAACAAAAACCUAUGGUACAACUACAUCCACUAGAACUACAACUGUACCGCCCACCAGUUAUGUACCUUCAACUAGUGUCCUACAAUCCAAUGAAACAAAAACCUAUGGUACAACUACAUCCACUAGAACUACAACUGAACUGCCCCACAGUUCUGCACCUUCAACUAGUGUCCUACAAUCCAAUGAAACAAAAACCUAUGGUACAACUACAUCCACUAGAACUACAACUGAACUGCCCCACAGUUCUGCACCUUCAUCUAGUGUCUUACCAUCCAAUGAAACAAAAACCUAUGGUACAACUACAUCCACUAGAACUACAACUGUACCGCCCACCAGUUCUGUACCUUCAACUAGUACCCUUAAAGAAAGUGAAACAAAAACCUAUGGUACAACUACAUCCACUAAAACUACAACUGUACCGUCCCUCAGUUCUGCACCUUCAACUAAUGUCCUACCAUCCAAUGAAACAAAAACCUAUGGUACAACUACAUCCACUAGAACUACAACUGAAUUGAAUCUGACUUCUGCACCUUCAACUAGUGUCCUACAAUCCAAUGAAACAAAAACCUAUGGUACAACUACAUCCACUAGAACUACAACUGAACUGCCCCACAGUUCUGCACCUUCAACUAGUGUCUUACCAUCCAAUGAAACAAAAACCUAUGGUACAACUACAUCCACUAGAACUACAACUGUACCGCCCACCAGUUCUGUACCUUCAACUAGUACCAUUAAAGAAAGUGAAACAAAAACUUAUGGUACAACUACAUCCACUAAAACUACAACUGUACCGUCCCUCAGUUCUGCACCUUCAACUAAUGUCCUACCAUCCAAUGAAACAAAAACCUAUGGUACAACUACAUCCACUAAAACUACAACUGUACCGCCCACCAGUUCUGUACCUUCAACUAGUACCCUUAAAGAAAGUGAAACAAAAACUUAUGGUACAACUACAUCCACUAAAACUACAACUGUACCGUCCCUCAGUUCUGCACCUUCAACUAAUGUCCUACCAUCCAAUGAAACAAAAACCUAUGGUACAACUACAUCCACUAGAACUACAACUGUACCGCCCACCAGUUAUGUACCUUCAACUAGUGUCCUACAAUCCAAUGAAACAAAAACCUAUGGUACAACUACAUCCACUAGAACUACAACUGAACUGCCCCACAGUUCUGCACCUUCAUCUAGUGUCUUACCAUCCAAUAAAACAAAAACCUAUGGUACAACUACAUCCACUAGAACUACAACUGUACCGCCCACCAGUUAUGUACCUUCAACUAGUACCCUUAAAGAAAGUGAAACAAAAACCUAUGGUACAACUACAUCCACUAAAACUACAACUGUACCGUCCCUCAGUUCUGCACCUUCAACUAAUGUCCUACCAUCCAAUGAAACAAAAACCUAUGGUACAACUACAUCCACUAGAACUACAACUGAAUCGAAUCUGACUUCUGCACCUUCAACUAGUGUCCUACAAUCCAAUGAAACAAAAACUUAUGGUACAACUACGUCCACUAAAACUACAACUGUACCGUCCCUCAGUUCUGCAUCUUCAACUAUUUUCCUACCAUCCAAUGAAACAAAAACGUAUGGUACAACUACGUCAACUAAAACUACAACUGAACUGCCCCUCAGUUCUGGACCUUCAACUAGUGUCUUACCAUCCAAUGAAACAAAAACCUAUGGUACAACUACAUCCAUUAAAACUACAACUGAACCGCCCACCAGUUAUGUACCUUCAUCCUGUGCCAUUAAAGCCAAUGAAACAAAAACCUACAAUACAACUACAUCCACUAAAACUACAACUGAAUUGAAUCUCACUUCUGCACCUUCAACUAGUCUCCUACAAUCCAAUGAAACAAAAACGUAUGGUACAACUACAUCCACUAAAACUACAACUGUACCGUCCCUCACUUCUGCACCUUCAUCAAGUACCCUUAAAGAAAGUGAAACAAAAGCUUAUGGUACAACUACAACCACUAAAACUACAACUGAAUCGAAUCUCACUUCUGCACCUUCAACUAGUGUCCUACAAUCCAAUGAAACAAACACUUAUGGAACAACUACAUCUACCAAAACUACAACUCAACUGCCCCUCGGUUCUGCACCUUCAUCAAUUCUAUAA